UGGUAUAAAUACUCGCAACUUUGACAGGGGAAAGGCAGCAUAUCCUCAGUUGUGCUCCAAGCCAAAGGAUAUACAGAGAAGCACCAGCAGCUCACUGGUGCAAGAGGAGAUUGAUUUUUAAAUCCCCCGCCCCAAAUUUGGUGUCGGUUUUGACCGAGAAAGAUGGACAUCCGCGUCGCCUGUAUCGUCGUCCUCAUGGCUGCCCUGGUCGCUGGCCACGGCAAGGGCUACGUUGUCAAGAAGGUGGUGAAGGCCGCCCCCCAGUACGAGCCCUACCACGUUAAGAGCCAGGUGGUGGCAGGUGAGCCUGGUAUUCCAGGUGAGCCUGGCCCCAUGGGCCCCCCUGGACCCCCUGGCCCCGCAGGUAAGAGCGGCGUCGGCCACCCCGGACCCCACGGACCUCCCGGACCUCCUGGAUCUCCUGGUCGUUCCAUCACUGGCAAAUCCGGAACCCCCGGAGGCCCCGGCAAACCCGGUAUCCCUGGAGCCCCCGGUGAGAAGGGACACACUGGUGCCACUGGAGCCCAAGGACCCAGGGGUGCCCCCGGUUCUCCCGGAAGCCCUGGACCCGCUGGCCUCUCUGCUACUGGCAAGCCCGGACCCUCUGGUCUUCCUGGAUCAAUGGGACCAAGAGGAGAGCCUGGUCUGAAAGGACAUCCCGGUAUUCCUGGUCUGCCAGGUCCCAAGGGUGAGAGAGGUGUAGGAAUUCAAGGACCCCAGGGUGCCACAGGCCCUAUGGGACCAAUGGGACCAACUGGAGCUCCCGGUCAGUCUGGAGUUGGCAAGCCAGGAAAGUCAGGUAUGCCCGGUGAGCCAGGAAAGUCAGGCAACCCAGGUAGAGAUGGUGCCCCUGGUCCCAUGGGACCACAGGGAGCCAAGGGACACACUGGUGCCCCUGGUGUAGGCAUUGCUGGCAAACCCGGUGAUAACGGUGCCCCAGGUCUGCCUGGCCCAAUGGGCCCCAAAGGCCACCAGGGAGCUGCUGGAGCCCCCGGAUCCCCAGGAACCCCAGGUUACGGAAAGCCAGGUGCAAACGGAGAGAAGGGAGAGAGAGGAUUCACAGGUGCCACUGGUGCCACUGGUCAAAAGGGUGAGCAAGGUCCUACUGGAUACACAGGUGCCACUGGUGCCACUGGAGCUACUGGUCCUAUGGGCCCAGCUGGUGUAAGAGGUUUCACAGGUGAGCCUGGCGCUACAGGCCCCAAGGGUGACACCGGUGCCACCGGAGCUCCAGGAGCCAAGGGCAACAAGGGAGACGUGGGACCACAAGGUUUCCAAGGCAAGCAGGGUUACCCCGGCCCAGCUGGUCCCGCUGGAGCCAGAGGAGCCACUGGAGCCACAGGCGAGAAGGGUCAUGUUGGUGCCCCCGGCACCCCAGGAGCCCCAGGUAUCCCCGGCCCUGCUGGACCCAAAGGUCUCCCUGGCCGCGCUGGUGAGAAUGGUGCCGCUGGUUCUGAUGGUGCCCCUGGUGCCCGAGGAGCUACUGGACCUCAGGGUCCCGCCGGUGCUCCUGGCCACAAGGGACACCCAGGUCUCCCUGGAGCUCCCGGCCCCGCUGGCUUGACCGCUAAAGGCGUCCCCGGACCUCAGGGUCCCCCUGGUCUGCCUGGUGAUAGUGGUGCCGACGGAGAGCCCGGUCCCGCCGGCCCUCCAGGCCCCCCCGGACCUCCCGGUGAGGUGAUCUUUGAGAAAGGUAUGGGAAUGGGAAUGACCGAGGUGAUGGUCAAGGCUCCCAUGUCUGCUUUCACAGCAGCUCUGACCACUCCCUACCCUGCCGCCGGCAGCCCCAUCAGAUUCGACCAUAUUGUGUACAAUGCCGAGAACCACUAUGACCCCGACUCCGGCAUCUUCACAUGCCAGAUCCCCGGAGUUUACUACUUCUCCUACAGCAUUCAUGUGAAUGGCGCUCACGCUCUGGUGGCCCUCUACAAGAACGACCAGCCUGUCAUGUUCUCCUAUGACGAGUACAACAAGGGCUUCCUCGACCAGAUGUCCGGUAGCGCCGUGCUCCUGCUGAAUGAGCAUGACACCGUGUACGUUCAGAUCCCCGACGAGGAGGCCAACGGUGUCUUCGCCGCCGAGAACGUGCACUGCUCCUUCUCUGGUUUCCUGGUCGCCUCGACGUGAUAAGUCGGUCCAUGAGACGGGAAACCCAACAGCCAACCAACUAAAUGUGCUCUCUAUUGCUCCAACCAAGAGUCAACCCUUCUGCUGACUUUUGCCUUCGAGGAAUAGAAGCAUGUCGACUUGAAAACUCCAACAACAAAUAGGUGCUUCAAAGAAGGAAAAAUCUAAUUUAUGUAAACAGGAUAUCAGGGAUGGGGAAAGCAAUUCAAAACAUGACCCGCAGGAUGCUUUUCGGAAUGAAGACAGCAUGUGAACCCGAGGUGUUAAAUCUGUGUUGUGUCCUGGGUUUUCUUUUUCUUUUCUUUUCCACUCUUUGAUAAAGACUUCGACUGGUGAUUCUGACUUUACUGUUUGUCUGUUUUUUUUUCUUUGUUUUUGUACAAUCUUGUCUUUUUUUUUGUUCUUUUUUUUUUCUUGUCCCGUUGCCCAGUCAUCUUAUUAAAAGAAAAAGUACAUCAAUACUUUCGAUGCAACACGUUGUACCUGUUGUCUUUGUAUAUGACUUGAAUAUUGUUAAAUGGCAAAAUGGUCAAAUUGACCAUGAUAACUAAAAAUAGGUCAUCGGAAUAUGGUCAAAUGAGCGGUGCUCGCUGAGCAGCAAACGCCAUUUUAUAUCCCUGAAAAUGCAUCAUGUCAUGUAAAGCAUUACUGACUCAAAUAAAAAGAUGUCUUAACAAUAA